CAAAAGUGCAUGGAGUUGUACGUUCCUGGUUCUGGACUACGUAGAUAUUUUUGCUAUUCUUGUGUCCUUGAACUGAGUUAUCUCUGAGUUUCUUUGUGGCCUGGCGAUUCCGAGAAUAUCUGAACAUGGACUGCUUUCUGGGCAACCUCCUUCUUCGCUUCAAAAAGAGGAGCAGAAAGGAGCCCUAUCAAUGUCAAGAGAAAACAGAAGUACACAAUACGUGGAAACACGGGGCCAGCACAAGGUUGAAAAAACUUAUUGAAUCUCAAGGCGAAAGACCUGGCCAAACAAUGAAGGCAAGGAUGAUCAUCGAUGCAAUGGACAAGUCUAGUUCAAAAUGGUAUGUUCAAGAAACAUGGUCCAUGCCUAGCGUGAUUCCAUCAGAGCCUUGCGACACGACGGUGUGGACAAAUUCUAGCUUUCUUCGAAUAUCUGUUCGUUCUUCACGUCGAUGGAGGAGCUCUGACGAUAUUCCAUCAUCGGUAAACUUAUUUGUAGACAAAGAAGAGUUGGCAUAUACACCUUCGGUUGAAGAAGAACUAAGACAAAAGCAAAUGCACGAGGCUGUACCCAGACAAGUUUCAAAGAAGAACAGUCAAAUCAUGGAAAUUGAGAAGAAAGAUCGUUCAAAGAGACGAUUGCAAAAUCCACCGCAAGAAGGUAGCGGGCUUCUGAGUGAGAAUGCGAUGGAAAAUGAAGAAUUUUUGGAAAGUCAAAAAAUAUCGACAAAGGGAAAUGGAUUAGGUCCAAAUGACACAAGGGAUUCAGAUGAGAUCUGGAUGACUAACACUUUUUCAGAGACGUCAGGGAAGGAUAAUGUAUCGAAGAUAUCAGCCACAGAGAAAGACAUUUCUACAGAAUCCCACAAUAAAGAGCUGUCCGAAGAUGUAUACUGCAAUACUCAACCUGGAUUCAAAAUAAAUAUGAAGACUUUGAAACCUAUUAAAGACCUACCGAAAGUUCCCUGCCGUAAGGAUCAGAUAGUCCACUGUGACGACGAGCACAUCUAUUCGCAAAUACCGUGCAGGCCGCAAAUGGCGACUGAGCAAGAAUUUUCCAAAGAAUCCUCCGACGUAGCAGAUGACUCACCGGACAUGAGAUCAAAAUGUUAUGGACCAAAACCAGUCGCUGAAUAUGACAUCAUGGAUAAGAUGAAUGCGAGCAUAUGUCUGGAAGGACACAUGGAAGCUACAAAUCGCAUGGAGCAAUGGGCGAAUCGUGACGAGCCAAUUUAUGCCCUUGUACCUCAUCGAUCGCCGCAAGGAAAUUCCAUAGAAUCAGAUAAUAACCAGUCAUCAAAAGCAACAGAAGGCAAUACCUGUCUUGAAUUCAAAGGCAAGAUGAACGUGGACAAAUUGCUAGACAACUUCCAGAAAGUUCAAAGCGGUGUGAAACAACCACCUCAAAGAGACGACGAGCCUGUUUAUUCCCAGCUACCUGCGAGGCUAACCGUGAAAGUUCCAAAUUGCACGGACAACUUGGUCAAGUGUAACGACGACACCAUUUACGUCAAAGUGCCUGUGCCGUUUAAUCCGCCAUUAUCGGUGGGCUUGCCAGACUUUCCUUCCAACCCACAGCCCAUGACUUCCACUUCUUUCACAUCCAAUAUCUUGGCAGAUGGGCAAAUCAGUCGUCGGCUAAAGAGGGGAGAUAUCGCUUUUAAUCACGAGGAAUUUGUUUUUCCUGGUAAGUCUCCAAGAGAGACAAAACCGACUUCCCAGUCGAAGGUAGUCCAAGAUUCGACGGUCGUUGUGGAUUCGGCUUAUCAAAAGUAUCUGCAAGACAUGAUGAAUUCGUUGUAAAAUCACAUAACGAGCAUUGUGGAAUGUAGACAUGCAUGUAGGUAGGUAUCAUGUCUUAUUUACCUGAACUAUAGACGUGCAAUAUGUAAGCCAAUGCAUAGGCUAAAAAUUUUCCAAGAGAUAUAAAAUAUGAGCAUCAUCUCACACUGCAUCAAACGUUCCUCCAGUUGGGAACUGUCCAAGGCAAGGCAAGUGGAAAAUGUAUUUGACGUAAAUGUUCUUU